UACUUGAUCAUUAUGCAUUCUCCUUACGCUUACGGAUAUCCCUACUAUGCCUCACCAUAUGACGAUUUCUAUGGGGCUCCGUACGGUUACGGCGGUUAUGGCCCGGGACCAUAUGCAUACUAUCCGGAACCAUAUUACUAUGGUGGUCCUCGGAACGAGAUCGUUGAUAACUGUUGCCUGUGGUGCUUAGCCACGAUGUUAUGCUGUUGCUGCUGGCAAAACUUCGCACGCUGCUGAAUCGGCUCUGUGGUUUCUUUCGCAUCUGUAUGCUCUUACACAUUAAGUAUGCUCAAAAGACAACAGUGAAAUGGUACACAGCCACAGCAAAUA